AUGGAUAAAGAGUCCUUUUCUUGCUCGCACCCAGGCUGUGGACGAACCUACCGGCGAAAGGAACAUCUCACACGACACCUCGCCAGCCAUCUUCAACCUUCUGCCGCAGCUUGUCCAUUCUGUGACAGGAGCUUCUCUCGCAACGACACCCUCCGCCACCACGUCCGUUACAAUCACAGCGACAAAACACUGAAUCCUUCCAGAACGCUCAAGGCCUGCGAUUACUGCCGGUCUCGCAGGACCCGCUGCGACGGCAACGCUCCGUGCACACCAUGUCAGCAACGGGAGAUACAAUGUUCCCUGCGAAGCCAUCAAGUUAGACAGGUUGUCCAUGAAGAUCCUUCUGCAACUGUAAAGGCAUCUGAAAUCUCAGUUCCCCCACAAGAACCACCGGUACCCGGCCAAGGCCCCAUCGAUAUCCGUCCCUAUCUCGAAGCAUACUUCUCCAAAUUCCACCCCAUCUGGCCCUUCGUGCACCGCGCCACCUUCUAUAUGGUCCACGAGCCCCCGUUCCUCCUACAAUCCAUCACGAUGAUCGGGCUUUGGGUCACCGGAGACGCGAAGUCACAGCAAGCUGCAGUUGAGCUGCACGAACGGUUGAGCCUUUCUAUUUACGAGCAAAGAGAAAAAUGGCAAACCCCAGGCCCCUCCCCCAACCACCAACCGUGGCCAAUAGCCACCUACCAAGGCAUCCUCCUCAACAUCAUCUUCGCGCUGAUCUCCGCUCCCCCAGACCCUCUCGACCUGCAACUCACCCGCAAACUGCCAUCGCUGCAGUCAAAACUCCUUCUCGCGCUCAUCAAGACCUGCCGCGCAAAGGACAUGUUCUCGUACUCCACGAUGCGCGCCCAUUUCGCACAGGAUACCGUGCUAGACGUGUACAUCUGGCUUGGCAUUGAGGAAGUCAAGCGCUUCGUGCUGGCGCUGUACAAAGUGUGCACGAUGGUUCGUGUAGAUGUGCAUGAGCCUCAGGACCAUCCGACCGACCCAAACCUUCUCUCGUUAGCGGAGCUGCGAUUUGCGAUGCCCGAGCGGGACGGGCUGUGGGACGUGGGCUCGGAAUUAGCGGAGUGGCUGGAGAGGGAGCAUGUGAGCGACCACGGCGAGAGGAAUCGCGAGGUGGAUUGGAUUUCGAAUGCGGCGCGGGUGCUGCGUAGGGAGGGGGUGGGGUUUGGGUUGGUUUGA